UGUUCUUACCCUGGAUUCAGUGCGACGUUUUCAGUACAUUUUAAGAUGGCGACGGUGCAUCUGAGAAUCGGGGAUUUGGUGUGGGGGAAGCUCGGACGCUAUCCGCCUUGGCCAGGAAAGAUUGUAAGUCCACCGAAGGACUUGAAAAAGCCAAGGGGCAAAAAAUGCUUCUUUGUGAAGUUUUUUGGAACUGAAGACCAUGCCUGGAUAAAGGUUGAACAGCUAAAACCUUACCACCCUCACAAAGAAGAGAUGAUCAAGAUAAACAAGGGCAAACGCUUCCAGCAGGCCGUAGAUGCGGUAGAGGAGUUUCUAAAGAAGGGCAAAGGGAAAGACCAGGGUUCACGCAGUAACUCAGAUGACAAAAAGUCCACAGAAUCGAAAGGCCGAAAAGCUCCUGCCAAGCCCAUGAAGAUCAUCGAAGAGGACGACGAAGAUCCGUUCAAGGGGGGCUCGUCUGACAAAGAGUUAACUGACUCAGACCCAGAGCCAUCCUCCGCCCAGCGUCUGGUCGCGGGAACAGUCUCAGGAUUCAAGUGGGAGAGCAGUCCAGUAAAGGAUGACCCACAUUUCCACCACUUUCUGCUCAGCCAGUCUGAGAAGCCUGCUUCAUCUAUGGAACCCAUCAGCAAACGUCUUAAAAUCGUUGAGGAGGAUACAGGGUCCACCUCGAUUCAGGCAGCUGACAGCACCGCACUGAACGGCAGCAUCACGCCCACAGAUAAAAGAAUAGGUUUCCUUGGUCUGGGGCUUAUGGGCAGUGGCGUAGUCUCAAACCUAUUAAAGAUGGGGCAUGUUGUCACAGUGUGGAACCGCACAGCUGAGAAGUGUGACCUGUUCAUCCAGGAAGGCGCUCGGUUAGGACGGACGCCAGCGGAGGUUGUGUCCAUGUGUGAAAUCACGUUUUCCUGCGUGUCGGACCCCAAGGCUGCUAGAGACCUGGUGCUGGGCCCUAGUGGGGUGCUGCAGGGGAUCAGGCCGGGCAAGUGCUACGUGGAGAUGUCCACCAUAGACCCGGAGACGGUCGCAGAGCUAUCACAGGUCAUCACAUCCAGAGGUGGGCGUUUCUUAGAGGCACCAGUAUCAGGCAGCCAGCAACUGUCGAAUGAGGGCAUGCUUGUCAUCCUGGCUGCCGGAGAGCGCUCCGUCUACGAAGACUGCAGCAGCUGUUUCCAAGCCAUGGGCAAAACCUCGUUCUUUUUAGGUGAGGUGGGCAAUGCAGCGAGGAUGAUGCUCAUUCUCAACAUGGUCCAGGGAAGCUACAUGGCCACCAUCGCAGAGGGCCUGACCUUAGCUCAAGCCACCGGCCAAUCACAACAGACCUUCCUAGACAUCCUCUGCCAGGGACAGAUGGCCAGCUCCUUUGUGGACCAGAAAUGCCAAAAUAUCCUACAAGGCAACUUCAAGCCUGAUUAUUACCUGAAACACAUUCAGAAAGAUCUCCGGCUAGCAAUCUCGAUGGGUGACUCUGUAAAUCACCCCACCCCAAUGGCAGCAGCUGCUAACGAGGUCUACAAAAGAGCGAAGGCAUUGGACCAGUCAGAUAAUGACAUGUCUGCCGUCUACAGGGCCUACAUUCACUAGGCUCCCGAAGACAAACUCAAAACGUUGGACCACAUUUCUUUUCUUUUCUUUCUUCUAAACUCCUGUAUCUCUUCAUUCUGGUCUAUUUCAUUUUAUAUAUAUUUCUUUUCCAUUUGGUUAUGAAUUUUACCAGGCUCCGAGUGAUAAUUUCUUCCCAUGUGGUUGUGGGAGCUCUGUUGCAGGCUACUGUGAGCAUUGCACUGACUUUGAUGUUGCUACCCCGAAAGCUCAUUACGGGGUAAUUCACAUUUUUUCUGAUUCUAUUCAUUUUUGAUGGAGAGAGUGAGCGAUGUUUUUAUUUUGAUUUGUUGUUGUUUUAAUUUUUUGGGCUGUAACACAACACACUGCAUCUGUCUGAGGCAACGUUUUGUUUUUCUUUUUAUUUAUCAUUCGUAGCAUCACAUUUUAAAAAGAUAUCUAUAUUUAAUACCAAGUAUAUUAUUUGCAAUGAAUGUUCAGAAUUCCUAGAUUAUUAAGGUGUUGGGUUUUUUGUUGGUUGUGGCCUGGAAAAAAAAAAAGCACCAAGAAAAUGCUCCUGCAUUGCCUUAAUAACAGAGCCCAAAAAUAACAGAUAUAUUUAUUUAUUUUAUUGCUGAGGAUUCCAGUCCUUUCUUUGGUGUGGUUUGCCCAUUUAAUGUUUUUGCAUCACUGUUUUGAAGAGGACAAAAUAAGGGUAGGUGGAUGGGGAAUUUCCAAUGCCUUAUAACAAAGUAAUGUACUUUAAGAUGCAGUAACACAAAAACCUGAGUGGAUUUAUCAGUCUAACAACAAUUCAAAAUCCUAUCUGUUCUGUCAAUAGCGUGUGUAUCUAUGAAGCAAACAAAAUCAAUUAACCUGAUUAAAGGGACACUUCACCGAUUAGCAUUAAGCUUUGUAUCUUAAGAAAACCAGUCAUGUUUUUGAAUGGUCGUGCAUCAUUCCCUCAGUUUGCCUUGAGAUGGGAGAAAUGCGGAUUUCAAUGUUGGACUUCCUGCUUUCAAUGAUCAUCAUUUUACAUCAUUGAAAGCAAGUCCUAUUCAUGGGUUUCAUUGAAAUCUGUACUUCUCCCAUCUCAAGGCAAGCUGAGGGAGUGAUGCACGACCAUUCAAAAACAUGUCUGGUUUUCUAAAGAUACAAAGCUUCAUGCUAAUCGGUGAAGUGUCCCUUUAAGGACCUGUUGACCCGUAAGUGACAUUGCCGCAAAGAAGUUAAAACCAGUGUAAAGUUCUUUGAGGUGAAGGAACUGUGUUUGGACGUUGGUGAUGCACAGCAGUGGUGCAUGUCUGUUUCCUACAGAAUUCAUUUCGGGCAACUCGAUAGGCUAAUGUGAGCAUGCAAAUGUUUUUGUUUUUACAAUUUUAGGCUGAUGAAUUUUAUUUAUCAGUCAGAGGUAAGGUUUGUUUCCCGAUUUUAAUGACCGAGUCAGACAUGCAUAGAUGAAUGCAUACUUUUGCCUUAACUGUUUCUUUUUUGACUUUGUUUGUUUGUUUGUUUAUUGUUUGUUUGUUUUGUUGGCUUUGGGGAUGGGGAAAAUAUCUGGCGAAGGAAAGGGGUCUGAUCAUUUAAUUGAAACUUAUCUUGUCAGGGCAAGUACUGUGAUUCUUAUGUUUUAUCUGACUAUGCCUUUAGCAUAUUAAAUGUUUGAUUUUAAUGCAAGCUUCAUUUUUAUGUCUCUGAUCACAAUCACAUUGGAAAUUAAUUUGCCUAUUUAAGACUGUAAUCAGACGAUCCUAGUUUUGCCAAAAAAAAAGGUGAAUGAUGUGUUUGGUUGAGAUGGUGAGUUUUUGUUUUAAGGUGAAUGGCAAAUAAGUCAAAUGUAUAUAACCCCCAUGGAUUAAUUAUUUAACGAAUAUGUGAGGAUAUUCAGACUUUCAUUUGGACUUUAUUGAGUUUAUUAAUCAACUGCUAUCUUAAUAUUGUAGUUUGUUUUCUUGUGUUAGGUCAAAAUCCUGUAAAUGGUUAAUUAAGACGUGCUUUCAGACUUGCUAUUGACAUGUAAAAAAGGAAAAACAAAUCAAGACUUCAUCCAAUUUGUGUAACAGAUAAAGCUGUUCUAAUCUGAUAUUUAUGAUUUGAUGUAAAUGUGAAAAUGUUCCCUUUUUUUGUGCAGUUCAAUGAAUCCUCUUCCGAUUAAAGAACCCGAGUGAUAAACUGUG